AAUAACUAUAUGGCUGGGGGAUGUCUGGAAAAGUUUAUUUACAUAGGAACUUCUAUAAUGUAUUCUGAACAGGACAAAGUGUGGUCUUUAAUGUUUUAAUUGGUCCUCGGGAUGUCCCCUCAGGACGCCGGAGUACGCCAUGGUGUACUGCUGUGAGCGUUGAGCCAUUCUGUGAUUUUACAUAGGAGAAUUUCACUAUUAUUAUUCAACAUUAAUGUUAACUGCCAUGUUCAGUAAUUUUUCUUUGUGAAAAAAAAAAUGACAAGUGGGAUUUAAGUAUAUAAAUAGUAUACCUGCUUUCUGCUGUAAGGGUAUAAUAUAUUGGUGUCUGACACGCACCUGUCAUUAAUUUCAGGUGAAAGAGACAUUCACAAAAGCCUCGGAGACUUGGAAACGUUCGGGUUACAUAAUCACAAUACAGCUACCCUAACGGACCCACCGCUAAACGUUGUAUACAUGCAGAUUUGUGAUGGAUCAACUUGAUUAUGGGUUGGAAGAGUGAGGCUGCUUUGGAUAACACCAUCACCUGGAUGGAACCCCGCCUUUAGGGGCCACAUCUACUAUAGCUCCAUCUGAUCCUUCACGGGAGCCGUGUCAGAGCUGUCUGUGGCCCCCAUGGGAUUCCAAGAUGAAUACUACAAUGGAUAUUCUGCUACACCGACUGAGAGAGGAAGUGGUUGACCUUCGCACUCAGAGCUCUGCUUUGACGCGGCAGAUGUGGCUAUUGUAUGUAACAUUUGAGGAUUUCGUCUGCUUGAAAUAUCCUAACAAGUCCAAGGAAGUUCUGACGACCAGGAUAAACAUUGAUGCCUACAUCUCCUCGUCCUGCAACAGUCCUGUGAGAAGGUCGCUAUCACAACCGGUCACCAGCUCAUCUCAGAAAGAGAUCACUCGAUCAAAACGAGUUUUGUGUGAGGGUUUUAAAAACCAAGUUGGAUUUAAACGUAUUCAAGCUAAAACGCGGUGUUCCACUCUUGGAGAUAAAGAGGUAGAUGACAAAAGCAGGUACAACACUACUGUUUCAUAUCAGAUAGCUAAAAUACAGUCAAUUGUGAAGACUGAAAGGCACAACAAACCCCGUAACAAUCGACAGAAACUUGAGCUUGAUGGUUUUCCAGGCGUGAUUUCAAUGGAGAUUGGCCAGUCCGAUCAGAGGAAUCGAGAUAGAAUGCACGAUUUGAGUGAAGGGCGCCUGAGUAGUAUAGGGAGUACAGGCCAAGGUGCAUGUAGAUCAUCGAGAUGUGUGAAUUCCCCGGGAAUAGCUGAUAAGGCUGUUAAUUCGCGAGGUAUUGUUUCGGGAGCAGUGACAGAGUCACACGGGGUAUUGUUACGUGGAAGUGUUCCGCGACAGAGCCAGAACAGUGCCACACUCGGUCCUAACAAUGGUCGGGUUCGGCGCUACAAUCCACAGGUUGGGGUGGAAAAUAGGUGUCUCAGUCAAACUAAUCGCCUUAAUCAGUCCGCAGAUCAGAUACAUUCUGUUGGUCGGUGUGUAAGAAACCCUGCACGGGUCGAAACAACUCAUUGUGGACCGAGGAUUGUAAACGUGAGGGCUCUCCAGGCCAUCACAGAUAACGCUCUUCGUGAGGAUCCCUGCAUCACCAACAAACUCAGUGUUCAGAGCAAGUGCUGGAACUCUCUCCGUCUUCAAGGUAUUCUUCCACUGGAUAACGGUCGCUUUGAUUGGGACAGUGGUUCUAUGAAUGAUCGGAUCAUGACGGACCCUUUACGCGUGUCAGUUAGGCACGACGUUUUAUUUAAUUCACAAGAUGGCGGAUAUUUACAUCCACGACCGGACAGUGUUGGUCCGCGACACAAACCCCCACAGACACUUUCACUGGAUAGAGUCAAUUUAGCUGGACGAUCGGACAAUGUAGUAACGUCCACUCCGAAUGAUUCCGCCCAUGAUGCUAGUAUAGACAUUUUUCAUUCGAACGAAUCGUCACCAGUUACGAUUUCAAGUGGAUAUGAAAGUGAUUCUCUACAUACGUGUGAGGCAGAUAUAGACAAUAUAUUCUUUAAGAGGAAUAAAGCCAACAACACUCGUACAAAGGCAGCGACCGCGGAAGGAGACACCGAUCCAUUGACGGACUACUUCUCAAUGUCCGACUCCAAUCUAAAUGCGGAAGUGACGGCGCCUGUUGAUGGGGAUGUUACCCCAACGUCCUCUCCUCAGGUCGUCCUUACAAGGAUACCAGACAAUCAAGGAAAGGAUCAUCCUGUGCCUCAGGAUUUAAAAACAAAUUCUAAAUCUCGAAAGCCGAAACAGGAUAAAGUGCUAACACCCAACCAGGGAAAUAGUGCCGUGUUUUCUCCGAAGGAGAGAAAUAGUUACCAACUGACUAAAGUAGCAAGGUCAAUGUUCGAGAUAAUUCAUGACCUUCAAAACGAAGAAAACGCGGCUGAAGGUAAAAAGAAAGGAAAGAAACCUCGCAGAAAUACUCCCCCAUUAAAACCUGAGAGGUUGAUCGGGGACAACCCUAACCUUCCUUCGUCAUCAUCAUCAAGCGAUACGACGCCUACAAACACGUGCACAAAACCAGUUAUGGGUCAAGAUCAAUUUAAUAUACAAAGACAAGUUCAAAAUCAAUGUGAUAACACGCGUACAAAUGUGAAUCAGGUUCCCCAACCAAAACAUUUCGAUAGAGUGGUUGGCAAUCCUCCGAAAGUGUCUGUUCGUUGUUUGCGACGCCCUCUAGGAGCAGAUCCAUCUGACUUUGACCGCAAUGCGGCGCUACCACAUUCAGACAGUGCACGUGCUUCAACGAACGAUAAUCCUCCAAAAAUUGUCGGCCAGCCAAGCUAUUUGGAGGAAGAUACCAGUAUCGCAGCCAAUGACAAUUCUACUGUACAUUGGGAAGGAAGCGGAAGUGACGUGCACCCGUUUCAUCCACAGGUUCCAGAUAAUUCGAAUGAUCCUCAAGCGGCCCUGAUAAAUCAAAACUGGACUACUAAUAUAAAUGACUGUAUGCCCUACGCUACAACACGGCUUCCCGGGUGUCAAACACCAAAACGAGAUCCAAGGGAUGAUCACGUGUACGAAACUAUUCCCGGGGAUGAAAUGCUGUCGUACGAGGAGCACAUGCGCCUUCGGAUGAAUGGCAUUCCUGUAAAGCUACAGCGUUUACAUCCAGACUGUCCGUUCGUUCCGUACGAGCCUCCCGCUCUCCCAGCAAGGAACGAUCACAGAAUGCCAAAAUCAAGUGCUUUUAUGAACUCCAGUUUUAUCAUGCACACUCAACCUUUUGUGCCUCAGAAUCUUAUUCAGUGUCCUAGAAAUCAUUCACAGUCAUUUGUUCCGCAGUUUUCGUCACUUCCAGGAAGUCAUCAAGUUAACGUCAACCAUGGGGUAUUGUUCCACGCCCCACACCAAAAAAUCGUCAACAAAUUAAAAGUAGGGGAUACAUCUGUAAAUAUUAACUCAUCAAAGAAACAAUCUAAACAACGUCCGGCGUCACAGGAACUUCCGGUUAGACCACAACCAGUAUUGCCAACUGGUUAUAAACAAAAACGUCCCGUGUCGGAACAAUUAUCUCAUGCACAGAAAGCUCCAGCACAGCGGCGCUUACAGCUGCUACAAAAACAGCAGUUAAUCAGACAGCAACAACAGCUUCAACUUCUCCAACAGAAACAGGAGCUAGAAAAACAACAGAAGAUAUUGCAAUAUAAGCAGCAGCAGCAGGAUAAACAACAACAGCAGCAACAAAAACAACAAUAUUUACUCAUGCGUGACAUUAAUUCCAAUGUUCCGGAAAGAGCAAGUUUUAGCGCGACGUCCACUCAUCACCAUGUAAACAGGUCAAGAUCACGUGCGAACUCGUGGGACGGUUAUGGUAGUUUGGAUCUAAGAAAGACCAAUGACAAUACGCCUUUAAGUAAAGGAGCUUCCAAACUUUCAACAUCUGACCUUUUGGAUUAUAUUGAUGACAUAAAACAACCCCCACCGAAACGACGAGAAAACUUUUACCUUCUUCUGUCGAAUAGACAGAACCGUGCGGAUUUCUCGGAUUCAUUAGAAAUCGAAUCGAAACUUAAAGACCUCGGAAUUAAUGUGAAUCAAGCAAAGUGUGGCGAGUUUGUUGACGAGGAUGGUUAUACUACUAUGGACAGUCCGCCAUUUGACUUUGGUAUUGAAACACGACCUCAGUUUCUUCAGUCUACGUAUGUGUGAAGUACGUCAUCUUUUCUUGUGUAGAUAAGUGUUAUACCUAUGUAAUACAAUUUAUACGUUUCUACCGUGCAAUUUUGCCACCUAAUCAAUACGUGCAAUGACGUCAAAUAGACUGACAUAUGGAGGAUACCAAUAUUAUUUACUGAUAAACAAAACAUGGAUUUACAAUACAAACGUGUAACCACUCUAGUGGUAUUGAUCUCAGGCUGGUACACUGCCUUUCGUAUGAAUUUCGUUUGUGAGAGUUUAUGUUGAGUGGAAAUGCAAUUGAUCUGGAUAAAGUUGGGCUUUCGUGACACUGUAAAACAUUUACCCGUGCCAUUUAACGUGUAUUUCGAUCUGCGGCCGACCACAAGGAAAGGUUAGUCGCAGUGAACAGGAUAAAAGUGUAAAAAGUGCUGACUUCAAUUCGUUUAUAACGUAAGCUGUCCCAGGGGUAGUCAUUAAUCAGUCCUAAUUCGGUCCAUAAGAACAUCAAUGAAAACAGACACAGAGAUUUAGAUAUAUUAAUAUUGAAAAAAGUAAUGUCAAAACCAGUGCUCAGAGAUUUAUAAUUUAAAUCAAAAGUGACUUGUGAACAGUCCAGCCAAGGGGAAAGCUUACGUUUAUAUACAGAACUGUUUAUCCUUUUGUUUACAAUGAAUGAUUAAAACUGUAGUGGGUAAUUAAAGUCAAACGAUUUAAGCCAAGAAAUACGUUAGAUUUAAGUCGAAAUAGGCCCGUCUGUGACAUGACCCAACAUGUGAUCUAUCAGGAUCGGCUCUUUUCGUGUGGAGUGAGAGACGAGAGAAAUACUAUUUAUGACAGAUAAGAGAGAGAGAGAGAGAGAGAGGG